CAGUGGUUUGGGCAGCGGGCUGUAGCUGUGUGUGUGAAUUUAUGAAACUUGGCGUAACUUUGGCUUUUCUUUUUCUGAGUAAAGGUAUGCCUUUACUGAGAUAAUUGUGAACCACACUGGAAGCAGAACAGGAAGAUUGUCUAAGAAGAAUGACUGUUACAAAAACCAUCCACUCUUCAGCAGUGUAAGGUCCUGCUUCCAAUGAAAAGUGACAUGAAGAGGUCAGCAACAGAGACAGAGAGCAGAGUCUCCAGGAUGUCUAUGGAGAGUGAGCAGCCCAAAGAUCCUAAUCCAUAUUUGAGUACUGAACCUGAACCUUCAAACACAAGCCAAAAGAGAUGUCAUGUUUAUCAGGACAAGCAGCUAUCCUGCUGUGCUUUCUGUCAUGACAUGCUGAAGGAUCCAGUCUGUACUAGAUGUGGACAUUGGUUCUGCAGACAGUGCAUCUGCCCAUACUGGGACCAGUCUGCUUCAUCUGGGGAUUCCUGUCCUCAGUGUGAGAAAACUUCCAGAACCAGUAAUGGACUACAGACAGCAAGUUGGAGCAGCUGUAUACAAAAAAAUGCUGGCCUUCAGGAGGUUUUAGAUGAACAUAAGAUCGAUCUCAGGAAGAAAUAUAAACAUGUGACGGAAAGAGCUGAUGAAACGGGCAGUGGAACUGUCUAUCAGGGAAUCUAUGCAAAGUUCCAUAUCACAGAGAGACAAAGUAAAACGGUUCAUACCCAGCACGAGGUGAGGCAGCUAGAAAUGGCUUCCAAGGAGAAACCCAUGCAUGACACUCAAAUCAGGUGCCAAGACAUUUUUGAAGCCUUACCUAAACAACAGAAACCCAUCAGAGUGGUUCUGACGACUGGUGUUGCUGGAGUUGGAAAAACAUUCUCAGUACAGAAGUUCACUCUGGACUGGGCAGAAGGUUUGGAAAACCAAGACAUCGAUGUGAUGGUCUUGCUUUCAUUCCGGGAGCUGAACAUGAUCAGAGAUGACCGGUACAGUCUUCUGGAACUGCUUGAUGUUUUUCAUCCAAUAUUACGAAAGGUCACAGCAGAGCAACUCGCUGUCUGCAAACUUUUGUUCAUCUUUGACGGCCUGGAUGAAAGCAGACUUUCACUGAAUUUCACUAAAGGGAAGCUUGUGUCUGAUGUCACACAGAAGUCAUCAGUUAGCAAGCUGCUGACAAAUCUCAUCAAGGGGACUCUGCUUCCCUCGGCUCUCAUCUGGAUAACUUCUCGACCCGCAGCAGCCAAUCAGAUCCCUCCUACAUGUGUUGACAGGGUAACAGAAGUACGAGGCUUCACUGACGCCCAGAAGGAGGAGUACUUCAGGAGGAGAUUCAGUGAUGAAGAGCUGUCCAGCAGAAUCAUCUCCCACAUGAAGACAUUCCGCAGUGUCCACAUCAUGUGUAGAAUCCCAAUUUUCUGCUGGAUCACUGCUACAGUUCUGGAGCACAUGUUGACUACAGAGGAGAGAGAAGAGCUGCCCAAGACCCUGACUGACAUGUACUUACAUUUUCUACUAAUUCAACCAAAAAAGUAUGAGUACCAUGAGGGACAUAAAACGCGUCCACAGAAACUGAUGGAGACUGAUAAGCAAGAUAUUCUGAAGCUGGGAAGCCUGGCAUUUGAACAUCUAGAGAAAGGAAACAUUGUGUUUUACCGAGAAGACAUGGAGCAACAUGGUAUCAAUGGUGCAGGGGUCUCUUUGUACUCAAGAGUUUGUACAAAUGUCUUCAAAAGAGAAUGUGGUAUCUUUCAGAAACCAGUCUACUUCUUUGUUCAUCUGAGCUUUCAGGAGUUUCUUGCUGCAGUCUACAUGUUUCACUGUUACACCAACCAGAAGACAGAAGUGCUUCAGAAGUUCCUGAGAAAUGGUCUUUGUAUUUAUCCUGAAUCUUUAGUAUCUUAUUCAUCAUCAUCCACAGAUAUAUCCUUUCUGGAUAAAUUUUUGUGGAGAGUCAUGCAGAAAUCCCUCGAAAGUAAAAACGGCCACCUGGACCUGUUUGUUCGCUUCCUUCAUGGUCUCUCUCUGGAGUCCAACCAAAGACUAUUAGGAGAUCUGCUUGGUCAGACAAAAACAAAUCCGCAAAUAAAUGACAGACUCUUAGACCUUUUCAAUUCAAAGACUUCAAUUCAAACAAUGACACUAAACAGCUAUAGAAACUUCAGAGGCCUGUGGGGUCAAACAGAGGAAAGACCCAGAGCAUUAUCAAUCACCCAGCGAGUCAUCAACAAUGUGACGACAAUGAACAUUUACAACAUGUCUCCGGACAGAAGCAUCAACAUCUUCUACUGUCUGUUGGAGAUGAAUGACCGCACAUUGCAUCAGGAAAUCCAAGAGUUCCUGAGGUCAAAGAACAGAUUAGGGAGAACCCUCUCGGAGUCCCAGUGCACUUUUCUGGUCUUAAUGCUGCAAACAUUUGAAGAGGUUCUGGAUGAGUUGGAUCUGUGGAAGUUUAACACAACAUUGGUGGGAAAAUGGAAAUUGAUUCCAGCUGUGAGGAACUGCAGAAAGGCUCGACUUUCUGGAUGUCAACUGUCACUGACUCACUAUGAAACCAUAGCCUCAGCUCUAAAGGCCAAGAACUCCCAUCUGACAGAGCUGGACCUGAGCUUGAAUGUGAUGCAGGAUUCAGGAGUGGAUCUGCUGUCUGCUGCAUUGAAGAGCCCAAAUUGUAGACUGGAAACUCUGAGAUUGUAUGGCUGCAAACUGUCAGACACCAGGUGUGCUACACUUGUCUCAGCUCUGAAGUCUAACUGCUUCCAUGUGAAAAACCUCGACCUGAGUAUCAACAGCUUGAUGGAUUCAGGAGCAGAACAACUGUCUGACCUUGUGAGGAGCCCACACUGUAGACUCGACACUCUGAGUUUGGAGGAAUGCAGUUUGUCAGAGAAUAGCUUUGUCUCUCUGGGCUCAGCGCUGAGGUCCAACCCCUCCUAUCUGAAACAUUUGAACCUGAAUGACAACAACCUGCAGGACUCAGGAGUGAAGCAGCUCUGUGGUUUUUUGGAGAAUCCACUUUGUAGACUGGAAACUCUGAGAUUGAGGAGCUGUGAUUUGUCAGAGAUCAGCUGUUCUUCAUUGGUCUCUGUUCUGAAGUCCAACCCCACUCAUCUUAAAUAUCUGGAGCUGAGUAACAACAACCUGAAGCAUUCUGGAGUGAAGCAACUGUGUGGUUUUCUGGAAAGUCCAGACUGCAGACUGGAACAUCUCAGAUUAGGGUGGUGCAGUUUGUCUGGGAUGAGCUCUGCUCUUCUUGGCUCAGCCCUCAAGUCCAACCCCUCUUAUCUGAAGCAUCUACACCUUAGUGACAAUGAACUCAAGGAUUCAGACGUGGAGCUGCUGUUGGAUCUAGCCAAGAGUCCACACUGCAGACUGGAGUAUCUAAGCUGGAAGUAAAGGGUGGAGCCUUGAGAAAGGAUGAUCUGUGUCCCGAUCUCCAGAGAUGUUGAAACAGCAGCACACAGAGUACUUCAGUGACUUUGAACUAGUGUAAAG